UAGGUCCCAGGCGGUUGUCCUUGUGCAACCAGCUGUUCAACUCCUUCCGUGGUCAAGUGGGUUGGAGUUCCAGAAACCUACAGAAUGCAGACAAGUGAAAAUACUAAUGCCACUACAGAGGGAGAUAAUUCAUUUUUGGAUUUUUUAAACACUUCUGAUACGGAUAAUGAUGAAUUGAAAGAUGUUGAAAAGGAAGUGAAAGAAACUCAGGAGGAUGAUACAGCCAAUGAUGAAGCCUCUUCAUUAACACUUUCUAUUACAAAUGUUGUUGUAAUGGCUAGUAUGAAGUGUCAUUUACGCUUGAAAGAAAUAGCCAGAACUAGUGUUGAUGUUGAAUAUAAAGCUCUUCAAAAUCAUGUUAUAAUGCGUUUACGAUCCCCGUAUACAGUGGCGACAAUUUGGUCUAGCGGAAAAAUAUGGUGUACUGGAGCUAACUCACUUGUCAAGGCAAAAGUUGGCGCACGGCGUAUUGCUAGACGAAUAGCAAAAUGUGGUUUCCCGUGCCAUUUCAGUAAAUAUCGUGUCGUGAAUAUUAUGGCUACUUGCAGACUACCUUUUGGUGUGAGAUUAGCAGAUCUAGUUAGAGAAAGACCGAUGCAAAUGAGUUAUGAACCUGAGUUAUCUCCUGGUCUCACCUUUAAAAUUGAUCCUAAUUCAAGUACAUCUCUUAAACUUUUUUCCACAGGACGCAUUGUUAUUAUGGGUUCAAGUUUGGAUGCAAUUGGUUCACUGGUCGAAGAAUUAGUCCCCAUAGCUGCAUUGCAUCAAACUGAUGAACCUAUACCAGAUGCUGAAGAUAUUCCUGACAAUGAUGAAACUCGAGCAGCUUUAAAAGCAGCUCGAUACAUGAAUAUGAUGCCAGACGAUGGAUUCGGUGGCUUAGCCUAUCAUGUUGAUGAGGAAUAUGGGAAUAGCGAUGGAAGUGAUGGUUUUGAGUAUGUUGUACGCAAUGGCUUUUCAACAGAUGAUUCUACUGAUAGUGGAGCUUCUAUUGACAGUGGAGGUGUCAGUACUAAACCGAAGCGUUAUGUUAAACGUAGAAUACGCAUACCUGACUCCACUUCAUCCUUUUCUAAACUACGAGGUUAUAAUUCAAUGCAGUCUGGACCUCCGCUUCAUUUAAUGACCCCCAGAGAAGCUGCUAGUUUAGCUUACGCUAAACGUAUUGCUGGAGAUGUUGAAGGAGCUCGUGGUAUAGUGGCAGCAGCUGGUGAAUUAAGACGUCAUCAUGAAUUACUACAGAGUUCAGGUCGAAAUAUCGUAUCAAACAAUGUCCAAAGAGAAGCUCGUUCAAAUUUCCCUCAGAAUGAUCCUACAUGGUGUCGAAAAGCAGUAGCCUCGGGUUCUACUAAGCGUGCAUGCGUUGUCACCUAUUCUGGAACAGAGGAUAGUGAAACACAAGAUACUGGUAGUAAUCCUGAACUGCAUAAUCAAGUUUUUCUUCAACCUACUGUUUCUUUACUUGAACAACAUCAACAACAGUUAUUACAGCAGGCACAAAUCUCUCAACAACAACAGGUUAAGUUUAUCCAUACACCCUCUAUGAUUUCAUCAUUAAAUCCUCCAAACACUGUCCCAGUAUCUACUGUAAUUACUCCAAUGAAUACAGUUUCCAAUUCUCUCCAAUAUGUUUAUAUUAAACCAUCUACAAGUCUUGGACAAACUGUUUAUAAUAAUAAUGUACUUCCUACUGCUCAACCAACUAUGCACUUUUCUACUACACCACAGUCGAUAACACCGAUGCAAACUAAUUCCCCGCUAAUGCGUCUGUCUAUGCCUACAUCAGUUGGUAUAGUGAAUGGGCAAAAUCUUCAAACAACUGUAACAUCAUCCUCUUUGUCGUCGUCAUCACCAGCAGCAGCAGCAGCUACUGUUUACCCAGUCCGUUUAUCCCAAAACACUCCAACUAAUGUUAUCUCACAAAAUGAUGGAAAGAUAAUAACUUUUACUACUGGUGCCGUUGCCGGGGCCGCCAGUAACAAUCCGAAUCAAUUGAUAGGCUUUACCAAUACACCUUCUCAAAUUUAUCCCAAUAUCUAUCAUCAAUUUGGUUCAUCAAAUUCAAUAGUCUCUGGUCAGACUACACCAUAUAUCUUAGGAUCUUCUGUUUUCACGACAGCAACCACAUCAUUUCAUCCUCAAUUGUCGAUGUCAUCAUCAUCAUCAUCAUCAAAUAUCUUGGUUGGAUCAUCUCCUCCUAUACAACCAUACUACUAUCAACAGCAGCAACAACAACAACAGACAAUAGGAACUGUUAAUCCACUCCUCCCAUAUACGCCAACUUAUGUUUAUCAAUAUCCUGGUGGAUUUAUAUAAGAGGAAAUUUGCACAAAGGCAGGCUUGUUGUUGUGGUUGUUGUUGUCGUUGUUGUCGGUUUUAAAGUGAACAGCUUAUCUUUUACAACUACCACUUGUAAAUAGGUUCUUUGUAUCAGUGUGUGUGUGUAUAUGUAGGCGCCAAUACACACACACACGCAGUGGCGUGUCUCCCCUCUGAUUUUAAACAAAAUAAUUAAACUUGAUUGCCAUCUUUGUUGAGUGUGUGUUUACCCGCCCCCCCCCGCCCUCACAUUAGUAGUAUUCCUUUUUAUCCUAAGUCUAUAUUUUAUUUUUGAUUUCAAUCAAUCAGAAUUUCCUCACUUGUAAUUUGUUGUAUUCAAUAAUUUUGUAAAAGCAUUUGGAUGAAUCGACGCCGACGUUUUCCAAAAAAAAAAUUAAUCUUUCACCUUGUACACACACACACACACACAGACUCUGUCUCUACAACAGCUGUACUGUUCUCAUCCUUACUACUUUCCACUACUACGACAACUACUACUACUAAUAUUGGUCUGUAAGUAGUAUCGAUAGUAUUUGUAAUAUUCAUUGGUAUUCCAUAGAUAACGAGAUGUAUAUGUAUGCAUCGGUUUUAUCUACACUUGCAUUUACUUUUAAUAUUAUUAUUAUUAAUAUUAUUAAUAUUAUUAUUAUUAUUUUAACUUUGACUUGAUUUAUAUAAUGAAAUUAGGAUAUCUAGG